CAUACAUACAUACAUAGCUUUCCAGAUAAUUUUUUUAUAAUUCAAAUAAGCGUAUGUAAUUGUAUGUAAAUGUAUCGUUUUAUAGAGCUUGACUUGGCUUAAAAAGCGAGGGGUCAUUCGGUCUUUGAAGUUAAGCGGAUCCAAAGUUUUUUCAGGUGCCAAAAAAUACUGACUGAAGCAACAAGUUUGAAAAAAAAAAAAAAAUAUUGCCAGCAAGCAAAAAAAAAUUGAACUUUUAUGUUGUGUUAAUGGGAAAUUGUUUGAAAAGUAGAACUGUUGACAGAAUUUCUCUCUUAAGAGAAAACGAUGUAUCAAGUACAGAGUUACAUCAGGAGCUUCCACCUCCUUAUGUUCAGAAUUAUGAGGAGGAACCAUCUACAAUUUUUAACUUGACACCAUCUAAUCAAUCUUCUUCCAUCAGUUUUACAGAGGAACAAUCAUUAAGGAUUGCUCAUCGACUAAGUCUUAUUCAGCAUUUACCAUCUGGAUCAUUUGAUGGAACAAAAAAAAGAAAAGAGUGUGUUAUUUGCAUGUGUGAUUUUGAUAUUGGAGAUCCAAUGCGAUUUCUUCCUUGUUUACACACUUAUCAUAAACAGUGUAUAGAUAAUUGGUUACUUCGAUCAUUUACUUGCCCUUCUUGCAUGGAACCUGUUGAUGCUGCUCUUUUAUCAACUUUCUUUACAUCAGAGUAAAAAAAAAAUAUAUAUAUAUAUAUAUAUAUAUAUAUAUAUAUAUAUAUAUAUAUAUAUAUAUAUAUAUAUAUAUAUAUAUAUA